AUGCCAUCUCCCCUCGGCCCCAGACGGAAAAAUUACUAUGGCCAAAGUCAUCCAGACGCAUCUACGGGCGGAAUCAAGCGAGGAGAGAUUACAGAGGUCAUAGGACCCCGUGGGGUGGGGAAGACCGCAUUUGCAAUGGGAAUUGCCGCAAGCGUGCUACAAGCAGCGCAGAAAGUUGUCUGGAUAGACGAAUUCCUCAAUCAACUACUAUACUUCCACCCACCAACCAUUGCCCAUCUCCUAGCCCUAAUAUCUCACUCACCAAAGGGAUUCCCACCCCCAGAAGCGGGCCUAAUAGUGAUUGAUUCCAUAUCUUCCCUCUUCACCUCCGAAUACCGCACCAGACAACCACCCGGAAACCGAAAAGCUAAGUUCAUGGCAACUGCGGAGUCCAAGAAUGAAAGAACUCGCUGGAAAAUCAUCGGCAACCUAGCUAUGAAUUUGAAAAAACUUGCUGUCCGACUCAAUUGUGUUGUUGUCGUCAUCAACGAAAUGGCCUCGCGGUUCCGGGGGAAGCAUCCACCUGUGCUGCACGAGGCCCUCUCAGGCAUGACAUGGGAUUCUGGAGUUGCUACACGCAUAAUGCUCUGUUGGCAUUGGUUACCCCCUAGCUCUCAAUCACGAGUGCGCAUGAAACGUGUGCGUUUUGCGGAGGUGGUUAAGGCUGAGAAAGUUGUGCAUUUGCAAGGAAGAUCACAGAGGAUCGUUCCAUUUGUAAUUAAAAAGACCGGUCUCCAUGAAUUCAGUCCCAGGCCUUGUGGCACGCCACUCUCCAUCUCCACCCGCAUCCCCAAUCGCGCGCAUUUGAUACAUGCGCGGGCAAAAAGGAAGCUCGGCGAUGCCAUAAGCGGCAGCCCAGACACGAGUCGGAAACCCCGGAUUGAGCACGGAGCAACGCCAGGGGUCAAAAUUGAGAACAUCGACCAAGAAGAAGGUAAUGGAGGAGAGACACCCUCGGAUGCCUCUUUGAUCUUGUCAAUAAAAGAAGAGGACGAAGAAGAGGGGUAUGAGUACGAAUGGCUAGAUGAAGAUGGGAUAGAAUUUGCUGAUGAGACUGUUGACGGCGAAGAAGCUGGAAGCGAUGACCACACUGGCCGUGAUGGUGACGAUACGAGUGAGAGCGGUCCUCGUUUCAGCCGCACAAUGGGAGGAGCUAUUGAGGAUGACACGGUUCUAUUACUCCAGAAUAUCUCUGACGAUGACGAAUUUGAUUGA